AUGGCGGCUGCUGCUAGUCACCAACAACAACAAGAACAACAGCGGAGACAACUGGACGUUGUCGACAACGGCGAUCUCUUGCGUCCAUCCAUCACUUACAGACCUGCGGGUGCACCUGCCACACAGCCCACUCCGGGAAUCAAUGGCAUCAACAUCAAUCUGCCAUCCAAGACCAACAGUCCCGUGCCACCGCCAUCCACCAUGCCACCCAUCAGUACUCCACCACCCACAUUCACAACUCCUGUCACUCCAAAGCCCACAACAACAGAAACACGACCACCCAACAACAACAACAAUCCAUCGAUUCCGGGUGCCGAAGCCACGGCCACACGACCACCCAGCUACACUGCCAACAACAACAAUAAUCAACCAAGCAGCAACGCCGUUGUUGUGGCGGAUGCCGAUUGCGUGGCCAACAUUGAGUUUGCCGAUUGGAAUGGGGAUGGAAAUUUGAAUCGACAGGAAUUUGUCGUUCUCGUCAAUGUCAUGGCAGAUGAGAUGAUUGCUUCCAACUUUGAUACUUUGCCACAAAAUUUGCAAGCGCAGUUCAACAUCAUGGCAGAUUCUGCCAACCAACAAAUUGUGAUGGAAAUUCCAACCAUGCAACGACGACGGCAACUCAACAACAAUAACAACGUAUUUGCGUCACGACAAGGCAAUGCACCGGUAUCCUAUGGUACCAUCUGUGAUACUGUCCAGAAGGGUUUGGCAGGGGAGACAACCGUGACCACACCUGCUCCAACACCACCAGCAACAACACCCAUGCCAACUCCACAAACUACAACAGCGACUCCUCAGACGACGCAAGUUCCAACAGCAAUACCUCAGCUCACUCCAAGGCCAACUCCACCAUCAACACCGACAGACCCAUCAUCUCCGCUACCAAACGACAGUGUUACAGCAGCCUGCGCCACGGCGCUUGCCUUUGCUGAUUUUGAUAUGAAUGGAGCACUGACAGAAAACGAAUUCGUGACUUUUUGCAAUGUAUUUGGAGAUACAUUGGUGGCGACCAACUUUCAAGACUUGCCGCAAAAACUGCAAGAUAUAUUCUCCAACAGCCGCGGAUUGGAUCUGGGGGGAGGAGGAGACAUUAUCGUCAUGAACGAUGCGGUAAUCCAGUUUUGUCAAGAUGUGCAUACUGGAUUAUUGACCAUCAAUAAUGAUCAAAGAGGUUCCGACUUGGAGGAAACAGACUUAUUCUCUUCCACUGUCCCAUCAACAGUACCGUCGGAAACACCUUCAACAACACCAUCAACAACGCCUUCUGUUGUCCCGUCCAAACCACCGGUUUUCGCACCCAUUGCGGUCCUAGACAUGACGACACCCAUUAUUGUGGUCCUAGACACGACACCACCACCACCAAGCCAACCAGAAAACAGUCGUGUUGCAUUGAUCCUGGGAGUGACCAUUGGUUCCAUAUCGCUUCUCGUCUUGAUGGCUAUUGGUGUCUAUCUUGUAUUGCUUAUGAGGACAAACAAGCAACGUGUUGUUGACACGGCCGCACCCAAGAGCGAUGACACUGCCGGUAACCAAAACUAG